CCACCUUUCCCACCUCCCAACAUCAUUAAUUCCCACGGACGGACGCACACAACACAAGAAGAUAACAUGCACACAAUGUGCGCACCAUUGUUUUUCAUCUCCUUAGGCCUCCUCGUCUCAGCCGUGGCUGCCGUUGAUGGAGGCGGCUGGUUCGACGCUCAUGCUACUUUCUACGGUGGUGGCGACGCCUCUGGCACAAUGGGCGGGGCGUGUGGGUACGGGAACCUGUACAGCCAAGGGUACGGGACAAACACGGCGGCACUGAGCACGGCGCUGUUCAACAACGGGCUGAGGUGCGGGGCCUGCUUCGAGCUGAGGUGCGUGAAGGACCAGAAAUGGUGCCGCUCAGCUGGGUCGGUGGUCGUCACCGCCACCAAUUUCUGCCCGCCAAACAACGCCCUGCCGAACAACGCAGGCGGGUGGUGCAAUCCUCCUCUCCACCACUUCGACCUCGCCCAGCCCGUCUUCCAGCAGAUCGCCCAGUACCGCGCCGGCAUCGUCCCUGUCUCCUACCGCAGGGUGGCUUGUCAGAAGAGAGGCGGGAUGCGAUUCACCAUCAACGGCCACUCCUACUUCAACUUGGUCCUCAUCACCAACGUGGGAGGCGCCGGGGACGUGGUGGCUGCCUCGGUUAAAGGUUCCAAGGGAAACUGGCAGCCCAUGUCCAGGAAUUGGGGCCAAAACUGGCAGAGCAAUGCUUUCCUCAACGGCCAGAGCCUGUCCUUCAUGGUCACCACCAGCGACGGACGGACCAUUGUCUCCAACAACGUCGCGCCGCCCGGCUGGUCUUUCGGCCAGACCUACACCGGCCUCCAGUUUUAAUGCCGGGCCGGUCAGAGGACCAUUGUCUGUUUCUCCUUUUUGUUUUCUAAAUUGGGUCGGCGUAUAGAAAAUCGACGACAAGGGGAUCUCGAUCUCUACAGUUUUGAUUGAGAUUGACACCUUCAUUCUUGUCGAUUUUGUGACAUUGUUAUGGUUACUGUUGUUCUCUCUCAUCUGCCUAGUUUUGGAAAGGCAGAGGUAGGGAAUGUUGGGACUCUUGGCAGAGGUGGGAAAGCCUUCCUAGCUAGCUAGUACCACUCGCCACUGGUUGUUAAGUUGGGAUUUUCUUUGGUUUAGCGUUGGGUGUUCAAUUUGUUCGCCGAGGAAACACAGUCUUUCGUUGAAAUAUUUUGGUCGAGUGUCAGCUCAGCUGGUUAUUUUCUAGUGUCUUUGAAUAUUGAUGUGGUCAUGUUGUAUCGGAAUCAGUUGGUUAAUAAAUGAUGUUGUAGUGG